GUGUGUUCAAUGCUUGGCUGGUUACAGGGACUUAGUUCAGUGUUGUGGCUGUGAGCAGUGAGAGGGGACCGCUACUCGCUGGCGUGGUGGAGUGAACAAGGACCUUUAAACCUUACCGAAGUGUUUACAUUUUUGCAACGGGUUACCAAACGACACAAGACGGAGGAGCAGCGAAUUAGCAACACCCUCCCUUCCAGUGACUGCGUGGCGUGGCGUGUGACGUGUUUGUGACGGAAAUACUUAAAUACACACCCUUUGCUCUGUGUUGGCGUGACCUACAUGUCUUAAAGAUUUUUUUUACAAGAGAAUAAACAAAAAUGAAUCGUGAAGCGCAAUCAUCGCUCACCAGAUGAAAUUCUGCUAACUUAGUUCAGCGCCCAGAAACCAAUCCCCACCCUCAACACAACCAAAAUUUAGGUCGUGAAGUCCUGGCAGCGGGGUGCAUGGACAAGCCCCCUGGUGUUGUUGGGGCUGACCGCCAGUUCCCAGUCCCCCAGACAGUCCCUGCCGCCAUGCUGGCCUCCAACAAGCGGCCCCGGCUGGACAACAUCCGGCCGCCCAUCCCCAAUGGCCCUGGGAUGCACGCGCGGCCCCUGGUGGCCCUGCUGGACGGCCGUGACUGUGCCAUAGAGAUGCCCAUCCUCAAGGACGUGGCCACCGUAGCCUUCUGCGAUGCUCAGUCCACCUCAGAGAUACACGAAAAGGUGUUAAAUGAGGCGGUGGGGGCGUUGAUGUGGCACACAAUAACACUGACGAAGGAGGACCUGGAGAAGUUCAAGGCUCUCAAGGUCAUCGUUCGCAUUGGUAGUGGCAUAGAUAAUGUGGAUGUCAAGGCGGCGGGAGAGCUGGGCAUAGCGGUGUGUAACGUGCCUGGGUAUGGCGUGGAGGAGGUGGCAGACACUACAAUGUGCUUAAUUUUGAAUCUUUACCGCCGCACCUACUGGCUGGCAAACAUGGUGCGGGAAGGGAAGAAGUUUACCGGUCCAGAGCAGGUGCGAGAGGCGGCCCAGGGCUGUGCACGGAUACGAGACGACACGCUGGGCAUUGUGGGUCUGGGUCGCAUUGGGUCGGCAGUGGCACUGAGGGCCAAGGCGUUUGGAUUCAACGUGACCUUCUAUGACCCGUACCUGUCAGACGGCAUUGAGAAGAGCUUGGGCAUCACCAGAGUGUACACCCUGCAGGACCUGCUGUACAGAAGUGACUGUGUCUCCUUACACUGUUCCCUCAACGAGCACAACAACCACCUCAUUAAUGACUUCACCAUCAAACAGAUGCGUCCUGGAGCCUUCCUGGUGAACACAGCGCGAGGGGCCCUUGUGGACGAGAAUGCUUUGGCCUCUGCUCUGAAGGAAGGCAGGAUCAGGGCCGCAGCACUCGACGUGCAUGAGAACGAGCCAUACAAUCCUUUCCAGGGUCCACUGAAGGAGGCCCCCAACCUGAUUUGUACUCCACACGCUGCCUACUACUCCGAUGCCUCAAGCAAUGAGCUGCGGGAGAUGGCGGCAAGUGAGAUCCGGCGCGCCAUCAUCGGCCGCAUCCCUGAUGCGCUGCGGAACUGUGUCAACAAGGAGUACUUCAUGGGUAACUACAGUGAGGGCGGCGUCAAUGGCACCGCCCCAUACUACGUCCCUGUCCACUCCACCACCCACGACUCCAUGCCUUCCGGCCCCCCACCCACCAGCCACGUGGGUCCUGGCAUCCCCCCGCCCCCCCACAUGGCCCCCAGCGUGCCCGUCAGUGGGGGCCGUGCGUCGCCGCCCACUGGUCCCCCUGGCCCACCAGGUUCACGGGAGUCCACGUCGCCAUCACACUGAAUAGCCCGGCCAUCGCAGCACUGACUGUGACUGCUCGGCAUUCAUUCCAUCAAGAGCUGAAUAGACAGACCGCUGCUACCGCCGCCGCCAUCACCCCUCCCUGCCCUCCCCUCCCCUGGCCCCAUACACAGUGCAAGCAAUGUACAAAUAUACCCCAGAUGCCCCCCU